GCUGCAAAGCUCUUGUAAAAGGUGAUUUCUCCUUUCACUCCAUGACUGAGCAAAAUGAGGCACAAAAAGGUACAGACUAGCUGAAAUACAGACAGCAAGUGAGUGACAGAUACAGGACUGGAAGAUCCAAGAGAGUCUGAAACAAUGUACACUGCGCGUCAGUCCCAACGCCAGCUUGUUCCAGCUCUUCCUGAGUGCUAGGCCCAUCUAGCCUCACGCAGAUCUCUAGACGGACCCCGUAGCGCAACUGGCACAAACCAGGACCACAGCCCUGCGGCAAGGCAGGAGUGUCCUCCUCCAGCAGAGUUAAGAUUGGAAGAGACGGAGGCAGAGGUGGAGGCGGGGGCAAAAGAGAAUUCGGAGGAGGAGGACCAAGACAGAACUGUUUCUGGCUUCACUGCCAGUUUUCAUUCAGACUUUCCGAAAAGAGCUGGAGAAACCUAAAGAUUCAGAAGAGGUUCUUUGAGCCAGAUGAAGCAUUAGUUCUGCUAUUCUCAGCAUGGAUAAACCCUUUUCUCAAGGAUUUUCUGAUGUGCCCUGAGGUCCAUGUAACUACAAGGGCUCCUCUUUAUCACCAUAAGUGCCACUCUGACCCAAAACCACUCAGCGCUCAAAAAUCAAGGCAAAAUGGAUGCCACAAUGGUAGAUGAUUUCCAACAAAUCCUGCCUAUUGAGCAGCUGCGCUCUACUCAUGCUAGCAAUGAUUAUGUGGAACGGCCUCCACCCCCCUGUAAACAGGCCCUCUCUAGUCCUUCCCUUAUUGUGCAAACCCACAAAUCUGAUUGGUCCCUGGCUACCAUGCCUACUGCUCUCCCCCGCAGUCUCAGCCAGUGCCAUCAAUUGCAGCCCUUGCCUCAGCAUCUGAGCCAAUCUAGCAUUGCCAGCUCAAUGUCCCAUAGCACCACUGCCUCUGAUCAAAGGCUCUUGGCCAGCAUUACACCCUCACCUUCAGGCCAGUCUAUCAUCCGAACCCAGCCUGGAGCAGGGGCCCACUCAAAGGCUGAUGGUGCUCUGAAGGGAGAAGUUGAGCAAUCUGAAGGGCACCCCAGUGAGCACCUCUUCAUCUGCGAGGAGUGUGGGCGCUGCAAAUGUGUCCCCUGCACAGCAGCUCGCCCUCUCCCCUCCUGCUGGCUGUGCAACCAGCGUUGCCUUUGCUCUGCUGAGAGCCUCCUCGAUUAUGGCACUUGCCUCUGCUGUGUCAAAGGCCUCUUCUACCACUGCUCCACCGAUGAUGAAGACAACUGCGCUGAUGAGCCUUGCUCCUGUGGGCCUAGCUCUUGCUUCGUCCGCUGGGCAGCCAUGAGCCUGAUCUCCCUCUUCUUACCCUGCCUGUGCUGCUACCUGCCUACCCGUGGAUGCCUCCAUCUGUGCCAGCAGGGCUAUGAUAGCCUCCGGCGACCAGGCUGCCGCUGUAAGAGGCACACCAACACUGUGUGCAGAAAAAUCUCUACUGGUAGUGCACCCUUCCCCAAGGCCCAGGAAAAGUCUGUAUGACCUUCCUCCAAGAUGGAUCCAGAGCUUUCUCCUUCCGUUCCCCAUCAGUGAAGAAAGCAUUGGCCUCAUCUUUGGAGAGGGGGAGGAGUAAUAAACUAGCCAAAGUUAGGGCCUCACCUCUUUUGUUCCUGCAGUGUCAGGGGAAUGGCAAAGUACAUCCUGGUGCAGGAUGCCUUGUUCUUUUUCACAGUAUCUAUUCCACUCCUCUUCAACCUUUUUACCCCACCGGCUCAGCCCUUAUGGCUGUCCUGGAAAAUUCAGGUGAUACUGUGUAUGGGCAUGAGGUUUGGACACUGAGGACUGACAGAGCCAGCAACGAGGAGGUUUAGGGUCUUUCCACUGCGAUGCCUCUCGGUGCAGGCUCAGAUUGUUACUCUGCUUUCCACAGUGCCUUUGGAAGCUUUCUUCUAAGAUGGUUUUCACAGGUACAUGUGGAAAAGUGUUCAGCCUUCCAGGGAAUACGACCCCCCUCUCCCUGUUUUUUGCUCUUAUUUUCUCUAUUCCUUUUGUCUUUUUCUCCCUCUUGCUCUUC